GACUCUGGAAACUGUACAGCUGACAUUGAUAUUAACGAGUCACAACAGUUUUCCUCCAUUUCGCAGAAUUGCAAAAUUAUCCCAGGCCAGGAGAACGUUGUGCAAUCCCAUGCUAAAUGCCUGGGUUGCUGGCAUCCCAUAGACUCUAAGAGUUUGGAACUGCUUCCUAUUGUGACUUACACUAUACAGCAAUUUAACAAUCAGAGUAAACACUCUGCCUUAUUUAAAGUUGGAGAAAUGAUAAAAGCUUACCGUCAGGUGGUUAAUGGAUGGAAUUAUCAUUUGGAAUAUUUGAUAAAAGAAACAAAUUGUUCCAAGAAUGAAUUUCCGGAUCUAAGUCCAGCAUGUAGUCCCCUUCCUGGAGGUCAACAAGGUUCCUGUAUAGUUUAUGCCUACGUUGACAAUAGACAUGAAAAGGUGCAUCCAGAACAGGAGUGCAAACUGCAAGUUGAGGAAAAGGUAGCAUCUCUUCACAUGUGUCCUGGUUGCACCAUCCCGAUUGCAACAGACAGACAAGAAUUGGAGAAGCCUCUAGAAGCUGCUGUGGAAUCAUUUAACGCAAAAAGCAAGAGUGACUUUUAUUUCAAAGUUGUAAAAGUAACAAAUGCAACAACACAGAUUGUGUCUGGAAUAAUGUAUCGAUUUUACUUCAGCCUUCAGAAAACAAAUUGUUCCAAGGCUGACGUUGAGAAGCCAAAUGAAUAUUGUACUGCUGUGGAAGACGGUGAACUGUUGUUCUGCCAUGGCUCAGUUUAUGUGAAACCGUGGAAGUCAUUAAUGAUACCUCAAGUGACCUGCACAGACCAAAAACCAAAGUUCAGUUUUCGGGCACCUCCAGGUUUCACCCCUUUCCGAGGGGCAUCCAGAACCUCUACUCAAAUCAGAACAAGAGCUGUGGAAGAAUUCUAUCCUGAUCCUAGAGGACCCCAUACUCAUGAAAACAGGCGGGGCCGUGGCAACGCCCAUGGACAUAGACGGGGCCACGGACAUGGGCAUAAAAAGCCAACAGAGAGUUCUUCUGAAGAAGCUAAAGCUCUACCACCUGUUCAAACUCCAAGUCAACUGCCUACUUCAAAACCUUUUCUGAAGCAGGAGGUUACUAGUAGAAGUCCACAUAAAGAAAGUGUUGGGUUUUCUGAUGUCUCACCAACACACGGCAACCCUAUGGAUUUCCUCCCUUUCUUAGAUCACCUGCCAGAUCUUCCAGAACCACCAAAAUGUCCUGGAUCACCAUGGAAACCUAAAAGAGAUCCAGAGCCUCAAGAUAACCUCUUUAAAGAUUUUGAUCUUUUGGAUGCGCUCAAGAAUUAAAAAAAAAAAAGUGAGUUAUUU